CUGAUCUUAAAAACAAUUGAAGUUUCGUACAUUUCAAAUAUCCUGUCAGUGACUGGUUGAAUUUUAAAUAAUCUAACAUUUUGGAGAAACUUUAUGCUCAUAACUCUCUGUGUGCUGCAGUGUAACUUAUAAAAUGUCAUGGUGCUUCAAAUAUGUGUCAUAUUUUUACUAGACAUUCCGAAAAUGGUCAUUAUUAGAUAUAAAAUAAUAGUAUUUUCAAUCUGGGCAGUUGAUUUUUCUGAAAACAUUGAUUUCAAUAUUAGCUGAUUCUUCUAAGUGAGGCACGUCGUAUCUGUGACCAGUGGAAAAGGUAUCUUACAACAGUGGUCUCUAACUGAACGUUAGCUGAAGUAAAUCUCCACAUGAAACUUAUAGUAUGGACUGAGUUUUGUUUCAAAACGCAUAAUCUCAUGAACUACCUGUUCGUAUAUCAAUAGUUUUCAUUGUUAUUCGGUUUUUCCUUACAACUGCUUUUCAUAAAUUGAGAUUUCAUUGAAACCGUUUUUAGGCCGAUUUAAUCACAGCUUUGUUAAAAUACUUAACUAGGUAAUUUUUCGGAUUUUUUAUUACUUGACUAAUAAAAGGUUUAGCUAGAAUAAUCAGGAUAAUCACUUACGUUAUCAAAAAGGUGAAUGUAACAGUAUGAUAAUCUAACUUUAUGAGGUAAAUUGGCGGCUUACUUGAACAUCUGGGCUACCUGUUUCUACCCUCUAGAUAUUUCAACAAGUGAUCUGUUUCUGCUAGUUCUAAAACAUCAUUAUGUUUAUUAAUUGCACAACCUAAUAAGGUGCGCUUAUGAAAAGUUUACAACCUUCCCCCAUAUGAGUUACAAAAGGACAUCGUGGUUGCUGGCAAUAUGCAGCGAAAAGAAAGAACAUUAUUCAGGUGUCGACUCCUGGACUGCUAACUUCUAGCUGGCGACCACUCAAUAUUUAUUGUCAGGAUCGACCAAGAAGUGCACAACUUGACAACUGUUUUCCGUCCAGUAUACGUCGUUAUGUAGGACUUAUUCUCUGUAUUCUGGAUUUAUUCUUUUUUGGAGGAUAUCACUAUGGAUUUAAUUCCCUAAUUGGUAUUUACAAAUCCUUGGGUUUAUUCGCUUACAACUGCACACAAUCUGGUUGUAUGUACGACGAAGAUAUGUUUGGAAUCAGCUUUAACGUAUGGUUUGUUUCACAUUUGUGCCUCAUUACAUUGGCCGGAAUAUUUAUGGAUAGAGUUGGAUUGAGACCUUUAAAAUUGGUUUCGACGUUAGUGUAUGCUGCCGGUACUGUUAUGUUUGCUUUUACAACUGGCAAAGUGGCACCACUUUUCUUUACUGCUGGUGCUCUGGUUGCACUAAGUAGUAUAUGCAGCCUAAUUUGUAAUCAACAAAUUAGUUCAAUGUUCCCACAUUUUCGUGGAAUAUGCAUAUCACUUAUUUCCGGAGCCUUUGAUUCGAGUACAGUUGUAGCGUAUGCUGUAUCGAAAUAUCACCCCUAUUUUUCACUUCAGUGGUCAUUUAUAUCUUUAUCAAUAGGUUCAUUUAUUAUGGGUUUGUUCAUAGCAAUGUUCAUUCUCACUAUGAAGUCAGUAGAUAUGGAGAAAUUUGCAAAAACUGAAGUAACGAAAUCAGUUUUUCAGUCACGAGAAAGUUGUUUGGAAGAAUCAUCAUCAGUUGACGUUGACAAAGAACUGUCGAAUGUGAUUGAUGAACGUUUCCCAACACUGAGAAAAUGCAUCUUUUCAGCUUCGUAUGCAUUGAUUAAUUUAUGGAUUACUCUUGGCUUAUUUCGUUUUGCCAUAUUCUUAAGUCAGUUAUACAGACAACUAGUUCAUUUGUUUCCAACAGAUAAAAAACUAGUUGAACAUCUGUUAGAAGUGUCUUCAGUUUUCUCAAUGUGCGGCUUUUUCGCAGCACCUGUUUCUGGAGUAAUUAUUGAUUUUUCUUUGAGGUGUUCACGUGAUAAAGUGGCAAAUAUACUGAUUAGUAACAAAUUCAAUGUAUCUAAUAGAAAAAUGUAUUAUAAUUACAUUUGUGGCUUAGUACCUGCAAUGACAAUAAUGUCCAUAUUUGCUGUUAUUUUAAGUACAAUGAUGUUUAUUCCCAACACGGUUGCAAUUUAUACAGCAUUUGUCUGUUUAGUUAUUGUUCGAUCAAUAAUGUUUAGCGCAUAUGUCAGUUAUUUGUUGACAGGUUUUCCAAUACGUUAUUUUGGCACAUUAAAUAGUAUUUCAAGUGUCAUAUCUGGUUUAUUCAGUCUGUUACAACAUAUUUUUCUGCACACAAGCGGUACUGUGGCUAACUCAGUGUCGAUAGCAGCGUCUAUCGGUUUAUUUAUUACACCUUUUGUACUACUGAUGUUAAGACGUUAAAUAUGUUUUGCAAAAGGUUAAUUUAUGGGUUUCUGAUUUAUUUAUUUCAAAUAUUUUACAAAAUUACCUAUGAUUGUUCCACUUAGCUUUUGUUUUUGUUCCACUUGCACAUAUUUAAUCAAAUGGUUCAUCUAAUCCUCCCUCCCUUGAUGCCCACUUCCAAAACUGCCCAUUUUUGUGCUUCAUGAGAGCAUGAAUUUUGUGAUAUUUAAUUUUACUUUUAAAAAAAUAUAAAUAAGUGAAUGAGAAAAGCAAUAACAUUUUGUACCGAUCUCUCUGGGAUUUCAAUUUAAUUAUCGUACUGCUUACGUGAUUUCUAACCAAUUAUUCACAAUAUUUUUCAGCCGAAACAUAUUGAUGGGUUCAAUAAACAUUGUUUUGAAGUCUUUAUCACAUCAACAUUUCAAAAUAACUUAAGAAACGGUCUCUCAAUUUCUUUCGACCUCAUGCAAUUGUGUCACGUUCAGAAUAAUCAGUUCCGUACCGAACGCUUGAUAAACUUAUUCAGUAUAAACUAAUACUUACUUACGCCUGUUACUCCUAAUGGAGCAUAGGCCGCCGACCAGCAUUCUCCAACCCACUCAUGCCCAGGAACUUCUUUUCUGCUUCCAUACAACUCUUGUUCAUUCUCCUCAUGUCUAUCUCUAGUUCCCGGCGUAAUGUGUUCUUUGGUCUUCAUCUUAUCCUUUGGCCUUGAGAAUUCCAAGUGAGGGCUUGUCUUGUGACGCAGUUGGGUGCCUUCCUCAAUGUGUGUCCUAUCCACUUCUAGCAAUUCUUCCUAAUUUCUUCCUCCGCUGGGAUCUGGUUUGUUCUCUCCCAUAGUGGGUUGUUGCUAAUAGUGUCCGGUCAACGGACCCGAAGUAUUUUGCGUAGACAACUGCUAAUAAGCACAUGUAUCUUCUGGAUGAUGGCUUUCAUAGUUCUCCAAGUUUCCACCCCAUACAGUAGAACUGUCUUGACAUUUGUAUUGAAAAUCCUGACCUUGGUGUUGGUUGACAGUUGUUUUGAGUUCCAAAUGUUCUUCAAUUGUGAAUAUGCUGCUCUUGCUUUACCGAUCCGCGCCUUCACAUCUGCAUCAGAUCCACCAUGUUCAUCAAU